AUGGAACAACAGAUUCAUCAAGCAGUAGAGAUUGCUCUCAGUGGAACUGCUGACGUUAACCUCAAGAACCAAGCUUUUGAAUUUAUAAACCAAAUCAAGUCCACUGAGGAAGGAUACAAGUCAUGUUUGGAUAUAUUGAUCAAAUCUUCAACUGAUCCGGUCAACCCAGAACUAAAGUUCUUUGUAUAUCAAGUCAUUGACGAAAACAUUGAUAAAUUAUCCAAAGAACAAUUAUUUGCAUUAAACAACUCCAUAUUCAAAGUUUUACAAGAAUAUAUCACUAAAGAUAUUAAGGAUGCUCCUCAUUCCAGAAAUAAACUUUCACAAAUCUUUGCCAAAGUGUUCUGUUUUGUAUAUAUUGAAAUCUACCCUAAUUUUAUAAAGGACUUACUUAGCAUUAUUGGUACCAAUGGGCAACUGCAACUUGCUGUUGACUAUUAUACCAGAAUUAUUCUUGCCAUUCACCUGGAAAUUGGUGAUAAGUUUAUUUCAAGAACCAGAGAAGGUCAAGAUCGUAACAACUUAUUAAAAGAUCAUAUUAGACUCCAUGAUAUGGAAACAUUAGUUGCAAGCUGGUCAAAGAUUUUAUGCAAUGAAUAUAAUUACACCAGUGAAAUACUAGAAAACACUCUUAAAAUAGUUGGUAGUUAUAUCAGUUGGAUGGAAAUUGGGUUAUUUGUGACCCCAGAAUUUGUCAACUUAAUCCUUGGUUACUUAACCAGAGGCGGUCCAGAAAGAAACACUACUUGUGAAACUUUAAUCGAAGUCAUUUCCAAAAAGAUGAACCCUGCUAAUAAACUAGAAUUAAUCAGAUUAUUGAACUUGACCACUGUUAUCAACUCCAUAGAUUUGAACACAAAUGAUAUUGAUUUUAUGGAGCAUAUUGCCAAAUUGGUGAAUCAAAUUGGACAUGAAUUAUUGAUAGUAUUAGAUAAUCAACCUGAUUUAACUAGUUCUGCAUCUAAUGAAUUGUUUACCUUGUGGCCUAUGAUCUUCUCAUUAUUGAGUCAUGAAUAUGAUGAUGUCAGUCAACAAGUGUUUCCAUUCAUUCAGCAAUAUUUAUUAUUAUGUAAAAAGAAUCCAGCUUUAAGUUCAACUGAGUUAUUAUCUAACUUGUUGAAUAAAGUCAUCUUGAAAAUGAAGUUUGAUGACGAUCAAGAGGGUAUAGAUGAAUCCGAUAAUGAGGAAACUGAACAAUUCUUGGAAAUCAGACAGAAGUUAAAGACAUUCCAAGAUACAAUUGCAAUAUUAAACCCCGAAUUAUAUUUGAAUGCGAUCCCUAUAGUUAUAAAUGAAUCCAUUUUCAAUAAUAAAGACAAGUCAGAUUGGCGAAAGUUGGAAUUGGGAUUGUAUGAAUUGAGAAACUUUUCAGAAAGUUUGAGAAACAAUUUGAUUAAUUUGCCAAAAUCAAGCAUCAAUGAAAGUAAACCAUAUAUGAUUUUCCAAGAGUUUUUAAUUAAGUUGAUUAAUUCUGAUAUAUUGUUGGAAAUUGGACAUCCAAGAAUCCAAUUGGAAUUUUUCGAUAUUAUUGUGAAACAUUAUACAUAUUUAAACCAGCAUGUUAACCGCACCGAUUUAAUUAUCCGGAUUUUGGAAAUUUUCACUAGUCCACUUGGUUUAUUUAAUGAGAUUGAAAAGGUUAGACUUAGAAGUUGGUACUUGUUAUUCCGAUUCAUGAAAUUGACCAAACCAAGAUUAAGUGAGGAAUUGCUUGAAAAGAUUAUUAUCAAAAUCCAACCAUUAUUAGUUAUUAAAGCAGAAUUGCCACAUACUGAUGAAGAUAAUGAUGUUGUAGAAAAUGGUAAUUUCAACAAUCAACAAUACUUAUUUGAAACCAUGGGAUUAUUGAUUUCGUUAAUGCAAGAUGAAUCCUUGAAGGUGAAACUUAUUGACUUGAUUUUCCAACCAUUGUUUAGUGAUUUAGAGAAUUGUAUUGGAAUUCAACUGACCCGUCCAGAUGAUCCAUUGGUCACAUUACAAGCACACCAUUCGUUAAUGGCUAUUGGAACAAUUGUUAGAGGUUAUGAUUAUGAAUACAAUAUGAAGUAUGCAAACGAAAUCAUUGAUAAAAUCAACAAUGCAGCCAGAGUUGUUCUUAUUACUUUGGAAAAUUUUUCUAAAUCUGAAAUGAUCAGAGAUGCUUCAAGGUUUUCAUUUGCAAGAUUUAUUCCUAUAUUGAAGAGUAGUAUCAGCAUGCAUUUAAGUCAAUUGAUUACCUUGAUUUGGUCGGCUCCUAAUUUACAAUUGCAUGAGCUUAGUGAUUUCCUAAGCUUCUUGGGACAGAUUGUUCAUAAUUACCAACACGAUGAAAACAUUUAUCAAUUGUUAAACAACUUCUUGAGCUCAUUAUUCAAGACUAUCUUUGAAGUAUUAAAGAAAGACUCCAAGAGUGAUGGAGAAAUUAUCCCAGAUGUAAUUCGUGAUGAAAACUUUUUGAAGAAGUCGGUUUUGAACUUUUUAAGUGCAAUUAUCAUCAACCAUUGUUCAAGUUUAUUAAUCACAGAAACCAACAAGCUGGAAUUCCCGGAAGUAAUUGGUAAAGUGUUUGAAUAUGCAUAUGAUUUAUCGGAUACUUCUGUUUCAAAACUUGCCAUUUCUCAAUUGGUAAACAUUGUCAAUAUAUUUGGAUAUGGAGGAAAGAUUGUUGACUCUGAAGAUAAAUACAGCGCAGCCUUGCCUGCCGUGGAAGGAAUUGACGAAUUUCUUAUGAAUAGAGUUGUCCACCUUUCAUUUGAAUUGCCAUUUCAACGUGCCGAGUUUGACUUAAAUGAUGCCCAAUUUAGAAUGAUUGCCCAGGAAAUCGCUGUAUUAUUAAAAACAUACCAAAUUAGAAAAGGUGAUGCAUUCCUUAAUUAUUUGUCAAGAUAUCUUCUGGAUAUGGGAUUAUCUCAGAAUUUGAUGAAUGAAUUCUGUACCAAUUUGAUCCAAGAUGAAUUAAAGGACUUUAAAAAGUAUUUUAUCACCUUUGUUACAAAGAUAAAAGGAGGGAAAUAG